AUGGCACCCCCAGCCGGGCCCUCGCACAUCUUUGGCAAAGGCUCCAAGCGAGCCAGGCUGACCGGCGGCGGCCUCAUCAGCUCCCACGCGCCGACUACCUCCCCACCUCCUCCCGCUCUUUCGACCGACUCUCACACCGAUCGACGCGCUCAGGAGCCACUGUUCAGGGAGGAUGUGGACUUUGAGGACCUGGAUGCGGAGGACGAGGGAGACUUUGAGCCGGUUGCGUCGACUUCGGGCGCGCCUUCGACGUGGGCGACGAGGGAGUCCCCUGCUUUCGCUUCCCCUGCGCCCUCGACCUCUCGAGUCAGUCAUCUCCCGCCCCCGCCGAAAAAGAAACGGAAGACAAAGGCUGGCGAGGAAGAGGCGGAGCCAGGAGCGGAAGGGUCGGUCGAGCCUGUCGAGGGAGACGGCGAGGAGAGUGCUCGAGGAAAGGGGAGAGGGAGAGGGAGAGGACGCGGACGCGGCGGAGCGACCGCUGGACGAGGACGAGGGAAGGGGAAGGCGAAGACGGAUAGGGAGACGAUUGAGAAGAUGGUUGUGCCGACCGUCGAGUUUCCUGAGCAUUUCGUCAAGCUGGAGAAGACGUUCAAGGCGCUCAACACGGUCUACACCUUCUGCUCGACUCGCAAGAGUAUGGCCACGACUUUCGAGGUGUUGAAGGGAAGCGUGGAGAAUCUUAUCAAGCGACCCCUCGAGAUGCGCGACAUCGCGCAGAUCAAGUCACUCCUCCCAGAAGUCGUGACCUUCGCCUACAUCGACUCGGACCAGCUUCGCGUGCACGCUUCUGGUACACCCGAGGACGCUCAGGCGGCGAAGCGGGAACAGAAACAGCGCGAGCUGGACGAGGCGUAUCGAGCAGGAGGAGCGGGGGAAGAAGCGGCAGAAGGGAGACGGACGGGAGGAGGGGAGACGGUGCUUCUCUUCAGCUUCAACGAUGGCGAGCUGCGGAGCGAGAACGGCGUCGGCAAGGUCAUCACGAAGAAGUUCCAGCGCAAGAAGAAGAAAGGCGAAGCGCCGUCACCUCUACCGCCGCCCGAGACGCAGCCUAAAUUCUCGACCAAGUCGAUGACUGACCUCAUCAACAAGCGAAACCUAAAGUUUCGCGCCGCCGUCUCCGACCUCCUCAUCGCCUGUUCCUCGCACAACCCGCCUCUCGAUCCGGUCGAGCUCCUUCUUGAGGCGACGGAGGAGAACCUGCCCGUCCAUCCGGACGAGUUGUUGACGGAGGAAGACAUUCGCGAGCGCGGUGUCAAGGAGAGGAAGGAGGAGCUAGAGUUCAGGGAGAGGAACCCGGAUCUGCGGCCGAGCAUGCGGCAGAUCAUCGAGGAGAUGAUGGGCGACAAGGAGCUGUACCGAGAUCAGAUCGUCGAGGAUGGGCAUAGGACAACGGAGGCGAGACAGGCAAUCUACGGCGAGCUCGACCACGCCAUCUCUCCGGCGUUUGCUGAAGCCCUCCUCGCGACCAAGAACAUCAACCCCCACCAAUUGUACUCGCACCAAGCCGCCGCCAUCAACGCUCUCCAUCCUUCCGACGCCCAUCCUCGCGGCCGUCAUGUCAUCGUUUCGACCUCGACAUCGUCCGGCAAGUCGCUCAUCUACCAAAUCCCUGUCGUCCAAGAGCUCGAAAAGGAUCCGGACGCGACCGCGCUUUACGUUUUCCCGACGAAGGCGCUCGCGCAAGACCAGAAGCGGUCCUUGGGCGAGCUCGUUGCCGGCGUUGAAGGCCUCGAUGAAGUCAAGAUCGCGACUUUCGACGGCGACACUCCGAAGGAAGACCGCGACUACAUUCGCGAGAACGCCAAUGUAAUCUUCACGAACCCGGAUAUGCUCCACAUCACGAUUCUGCCACAAGAAGAGCGCUGGCGCCGCUUCUUCCGCAAGCUCCGCUUCGUCGUGGUCGACGAGCUGCACAUUUACUCGGGCCUGUUCGGCUGUCACGUCGCGUUGCGCCGGAUCUGCGCUGCCCUCGGCAACCGCCAUGUCCGCUUCGUCUCCUGCUCCGCGACUAUCGCAAAUCCUGUCGAGCACAUGCGAACCAUUUUCGGUGUCGACGACAUCGUCUUGGUCGACGAGGACGGCUCUCCAAGCGGGCAAAAGGAACACCUCGUGUGGAACCCGCCUUACAUCGACGACCUCGACCCGAAGCAAGGCCGCGUAUCGACCAUCGCCGAGACGAGUCGAGUCUUCCGGUUCUUGAUGGAGCGCGGCAUCCGUGUCAUCGUCUUCUGCCGAGUCCGCAUGCAAUGCGAGAUCCUCAUGCGGCAGGUCCGCCAGGAUCUCAUGCUCGACGGACGCAGCGACAUGGCCUCGCGCGUCAUGUCCUACCGCUCCGGCUACAGCGCGCAGGACCGCCGCAAAAUCGAGCAGGAGAUGUUCUCCGGCCAGCUGCUCGGCGUCAUUGCGACGACCGCCCUCGAGCUCGGCAUCGACAUCGGCAGUCUCGACGCCGUCAUCACCGUCGGCUUCCCCUACACGCUUCCCGGUCUUCGACAACAAGCCGGACGAGCCGGACGGCGAAACAAGGACUCGCUCGCCAUGCUCAUCUGUGACCCGUUUCCGCUCGACCAGCACUAUGCUCGCAACCCCGACCUGAUCUUCUCGAGCCCAUUCCAGAAGAUGGCUCUCGACCUCGACAACCCGCUCGUCCUCGAAGCGCACAUCCAAUGCGCAGCAGACGAGAUACCGCUUCAUCCCGUCGAAGAUGCCGUCUACUUCACCGGCGGCGACGAAGACAAGCUGCGACGGAUCUGCCUAAGCCGACUCGUUGGCGAUGACGACGGCUUCUACCACUGCCACCCACGCUACAAGCCUUACCCGGCGCGCAGCGUCCCCAUCCGCAACACCGAAGACGAGCACUACACGAUCGUCGACAUCACCGGCGGCAAGAGCGAGGUCGUCGAGGAGGUUGAGACGAGUCGCGCGAUCUUUACGACGUACGAAGGUGCCGUUUUCAUGCACAUGGGCCGGACCUUCCUUGUUCGCGAGGUCAACCACGACCGUAAGCUCGCCAAGAUCGAGGAAGCGUCGCUCGAGUGGCGGACGAGGCAGCGGGACUACACCAACAUCGACCCGGUCGAGGCGCUGUCCAUCCGGGAAGUGCAGGGUGGCGCCACGACCGCUUCGUACGGUGUCGUAUCCAUCACCGCCGUUGUCUUCGGCUACUUCAAAGUCGACCGAAGGAACAACAUAUUGGACACGGUUGACGUCCAUUCUCCGCCCUUUGUCCGUUCAUCGCACGGGUUGUGGAUCGAGAUCCCGCGUACGGCGCUCGAGAUCCUCCUCCUCAAGAACUUCCACCCCGCCGGCAGCAUCCACGCCGCCGAGCAUGCGCUGUUGAGCUUGACGCCCGUCUUUGCGAUGUGCGCCGAAGGAGACGUCCGUACCGAGUGCAAGAACCCGGAGAAGGAGAUGCUUAUCUUGUACGACACGGCGGGCAAGUCGGGCGGCAUCUGCGCGAAAGUCUUUGACCACAUCAACACGCUUAUUGCGCAAGCUGCCGACACGAUCGCGAACUGCCGCUGCUCGCAGGGCUGUCCUUCUUGCGUCGCCUCCAACCUCUGCUCCGGCGCCAACACGAUCGUCUCGAAGCUCGGCGCGCUCAUCGUCCUCGACGCCAUCCUUGGUCGACCCAUCGAUAUCGACAGCAUUCCGAUGCAGGAGCUCGCCAAAGGCGUCACGCCUGGCGGUCCUGGUGCGACCAUUGACCUCGCAGGAGCAGGGGUCCGCCCAGAGGUUAUCAAGGCUGCGCAGGCGAUGGCUGCGAUGGGACCUGGCGCGAGUGCGGGCAUCAAGCUGGAAGAGCUUGAGGAGGCGGAGGAGGUGGACGAGGCGGAACUGCUGGAGCGCGAGCGAGCUCUUGCAGAGCUCAUGGGUCCGACGCCAACACCUCAGCCGCCGCUGUCUGCGGCCGCACAGCUCGACGACGACUACGAGCCGGAUGAAGAGGAGCUGAUGGAGCGGGAGAGGGCGCUGCAGGAGCUUAUGGGUCGGACCGCUGGCGCAGGAUUCGACAAUCCUCGAGGAGAAGCGCCGACGGAGGAGCGGGAGACGGAGAAGGAUCAGCGGGAGCGCGGGACGUUCCAGCUGAGCGAGACGGGAGGGUUUCUGAGGGGCGUCUGA